UCUGUGCUCUCUCUCUCUCUCUAUAUUUAUGCGAACCGACUCUUCCAAGCUUUGCGAUAGAUUGAAAUUAUUUUAUCCAUUUUAUUAUCAAAUUAUACUUUAGACCAUGGCAGAUGGUGUGCAAAUAUUAAGGCGUAACCGUCCUGGAUCUAAAGCAAAAGACUUCUGCCGUUGGCCUGAUGAACCUUUCGAAGAGAUGGACAGCACUUUAGCCGUACAACAAUUCAUACAGCAAACAAUUAGACGAGAUCCGGCCAAUCUUGAAGCUAUUUUGAAAAUGCCUGAGGCGCAAGAUGAAGGUGUUUGGAAGUAUGAACACUUGAGGCAAUUCUGUAUGGAGCUAAAUGGUCUAGCAGUUCGCUUGCAAAGUGAGUGUAAACCAGAAACCUGCACACAAAUGACUGCUACUGAGCAGUGGAUUUUCCUGUGUGCUGCUCAUAAGACACCUAAAGAGUGUCCUGCAAUUGACUACACAAGACACACCCUGGAUGGUGCUGCAUGCUUGUUAAACAGCAACAAGUAUUUUCCUAGCAGGGUAAGCAUCAAGGAGUCAUCGGUGGCAAAAUUGGGUUCAGUAUGUCGCAGAGUAUACCGAAUUUUUUCACAUGCAUAUUUCCAUCAUCGGUCAAUUUUUGAUGCUUUUGAGAAGGAAACUCAUUUAUGUGAAAGGUUCACUUAUUUUGUCACAAAGUAUUCAAUUAUUUCUAAAGAAAUAUUGAUUUUGCCAAAACUUGAAGGUGAGGUACCUCUCCCUCAAACUGCUGGAGAAUCAGAAGCCUGAGAUUCAAAGAAAUAAUU